AUGGGGAGCACGCAUUCCAAUGGCAGCAACAGAGGCAGUGCGCUGCACCACCCUGAUCUGUCCUUCUGUGGCUCCUUUCCUAAGAAAUGGGACGAGAAUGUCUUUCUAGAUAAUGAGCUUCUGACCUCCAAGAUCCUGUCAGUGUUGCGGCCACAGUCAGAGCAGGGCUUCAGGAUGGGCCACCUCCGAUACCCUACCCACUUUCUCAGCACCAACUCUGUAUUUGCUUCUGUAACAGCAUCCCUGAAGGAGCACCCUAGGGCCACCCUCUUGUCUGAUGGCAGCCUGCCUCCAUCCAGGAAUGUCGGCAUGACAGUCUUGCAAAAGGGGGGUCCACAGCCAGCACCCAGUCCAGUGGGAACAGGGACAAGACUCGGAACAGUCACAGAAGAGAUGGAUGAAGCUGACUCUGUAGUUUUGAAAUUUAAGCAGGCAGCUGAUGACUCCCUUUCACUUACGUCUUCAAAUGCUGAGUCCAUUUUUGUAGAAGACCCCUACACUGCUUCACUGAAGAGUGAAAUAGAAUUGGACACCCAUGAGUUUGAGGCUGAGUCCUGGAGCCUGUCUGUGGAACCAGCGUAUGCAAAGGAACAAAAGAAGGAGGUAGUGAAGAGACAGGAUGUUCUUUAUGAGCUGAUACAGACAGAGGUGCACCACGUGCGGACACUCAAGAUCAUGCUGAAGGUCUACUCCAGGGCCCUGCAGGAGGAGCUGCAGUUCAGCAGCAAGGCCAUCAACCGCCUCUUCCCAUGCACAGAAGACCUGCUUGAGAUGCAUGGCCACUUUCUCUCUCGGCUGAAGGAACGCCGCCAGGAGUCCCUGGAAGAGGGCAGUGACCGGAAUUACAUCAUCCAGAAAAUUGGGGACGUCCUGUUACAGCAGUUUUCAGGUGAAAAUGGAGAGAGAAUGAAAGAAAAAUAUGGUGUAUUUUGUAGUGGCCAUAAUGAAGCAGUCAGUCAUUACAAGUUGCUACUGCAGCAAAAUAAGAAAUUUCAAAACUUGAUCAAGAAAAUCAGCAACUUUUCCAUCGUGAGACGCCUUGGCAUACAGGAAUGCAUUCUUCUGGUCACUCAGCGCAUAACCAAGUACCCCGUGUUGGUGGAACGCAUCAUUCAGAACACAGAAGCUGGCUGCAAGGACUACGAAGACCUGACCCAGGCCCUUAACCUCGUCAAAGACAUCAUCUCACAAGUAGAUGCCAAGGUCAGCGAGUGCGAAAAAGGCCAGCGCCUCAGAGAGAUCACAGGGAAGAUGGACCUGAAGUCCUCCAGCAAGCUCAAGAAUGGGCUGACAUUCCGCAAGGAGGACAUGCUGCAGCGGCAGCUCCACCUGGAAGGUACACUGUGCUGGAAGACUACAUCAGGGCGCUUGAAAGAUGUCCUUGCUAUCCUGUUGACCGAUGUUCUGUUGCUGCUACAAGAAAAGGACCAGAAGUACGUCUUUGCUUCUGUGGACUCGAAGCACCCCAUCAUCUCAUUACAAAAACUUAUUGUGAGGGAAGUAGCCAAUGAGGAAAAAGCCAUGUUUCUGAUCAGUGCCUCCCUGCAAGGGCCUGAGAUGUACGAGAUUUACACCAGUUCCAAAGAGGAGAGGAACACCUGGAUGGCCCAUAUCCGAAGGGCUGUUGAGAGCUGUCCAGAUGAGGAGGAAGGGCCCUUCAGUGAGGCCGAAGAGGAGAGGAAGGUGAUUGAGGCCCGCGCAAUGAGGCUGAGGGACUUCCAAGAACGACUGAACAUGAAAGACCAGCAGAUUGCACAGAGCCUCAGAGAAAAGCAGCAGAUCUACCUGGAGAUGGCCGAGAUGAGUGGACUGGAAGAUUUGGCUCAGUCACGCCUCCUCUUCCGAGGAGGGGACCUCUCAGAGAACCUGCAGGGGGAGCUGAUCCUCAAGUCAGCCAUGACUGAGAUUAAGGACAUCCAGAGCCUGAUCUGCAGGAGACUGGGCAGUACCAAUGGCCAGGCAGAAGAUGGCGGUGCCUCUACGGGCCUGUGCCAGAGGACAGAGACCUUUGGAGGCUAUAACAGUGCCAGUGUCCCUGGCAAGAAUGACAGCUUUAGGAAGAAGAUGUGUAGCAAUGACCUAAGCCCCCAAGACUGGCAAGACCCUGUGAGCAGUCCAGAUGUGAAGCUUGGCAACACCCCAGGGGCCUCUGAAGAAGCACCAUGGAUGGUGGAGGCAUCAGGCACUGAGUCUGGCCCCAAUCUGCCCACUGUCCUGGAGUUGGAGCUUGUCCAGCGAAUCCAGACACUAUCCCAGCUGCUCCUCAGCCUCCAGGCGGUCAUCACUCAGCAGGACAGCUACGUGGAGCUGCAGAGAGCCUCUAUCCAGGAACGCGAGAAGCAGUUCCGGCUGCAGUCGACACGCGGGAGCCUGCUGCUGGAGCAGGAGCGGCAGCGCAACUUUGAGAAGCAACGAGAAGAGCUGGUGGGCGUGCAGAAGCUGCAGAGGCAACUGCGGCUGGAGCAGCAGCGCUGGGAGCGCCAACGGGAGCACCAGCAGCAGGAGCUGGACCUAGCCUCAGCCCACCUACAGCAACGCCAGAGCGAGGCAGCGCGGCUACAGGAGUGGCUGACCCAAGAGCGCACUGAGCUGGAGCAGCAGCGCCAGGCUUACCAGCAUGACCUGGAACGGCUUCGCGAGGCCCAGCGCACCGUGCAGCGUGAGCGCGAGCGGCUUGAGCUGCUGCGGAGGCUUAAGAAGCAGAACACAGUGCCCGGGGCACUGCCACCGGAGCUGCCCAAAGAGAUUCAGUCCCCAAGCCGCCCACCCAGCUUCAAUGGGGAAGGGCUAGAAGGGCCCGAGUGCCCCGAGGUGGCUCGCAGGGACAGCACCCCAGCUGAGAACCGGCCAGCCAAGAGUGAUGUGCCUAUCCAGCUGCUCAGUGCCACCAACCAGAUCCAGAGGCAAGCAGCCGUACAGCAGCAGAUCCCCACCAAGCUGGCUGCCUUCACCAAGGGCAGCAAGGACAAGGGUGGCAAGAGCAGGGGCUCCCAGCGCAGUGAGAGUUCUGCCUCGUUCGACCUGAAACAGCAGCUACUUUUCAAUAAGCUCAUGGGCAAGGACGAGUAUGCCUCUCGGAACCACUGCUCACUGAGUCCUGUACAGCUAGGCAGCCACACUGUGGCAGUUCCCCCAGACCUCUCCUACCAGGCUCCAGGCCCAGCCCCAGCUGACAUACCCCCUGAGUACUUCCCCCUCCUGCCCAUGCCACAGCCCCUUACACCACUCAACAAGGAAGAAGUGAGCAAGGAAGACGUCAUCUUCUUCUAGGGGCAGUGUGGCUUGGGGUGCAGAACCCUCCCUGUCCUGUGUGCCCCCUGCAUUCUCUGGGGAAUUGCCAGCUCUCCCUCUUCCCUGCCCAGCACACCUCCAUGGAUGACUGCCUGGCCAAGGUUGGGGUGAGGGCCCACCUAUCAUCUCCAGGCUCUUUCUGUAGGAUUAACAGUGAUGCCUUUUUUUUUUUUUUAAUACAAAAAAGAAUGUUUUCAGUUGAAGGUUGAACCAGAGCUAACCCAAGGAGCUAAAUUGUAGCACCCCAUUUUGGCAGGGAGAGAUAGACUCCAAGCAAUUUUUCCAAGGUAGUGACUAACUGGUGGUUCUCUACAUGGAGCCUGAUUAUAGGCCAGACCCUAGUCUCAGGAGAAGGUGCCAGCCAUUAGGAAACACUGCAGCUGUACUGUAUCAUUAGGGCAUCAGAAGGGACAGGGUGGUGUCAGCUGUUUCUUCUUGGCAGAAUCAAAGCAGAGAUCUACAUGGGUUCAUGGUGAACCUCAAGGCCAGGGCAUGGACAAGAGAAGGGUGGCACUCAGCUCACCAAGGACAGAGGAACCACAGGGCAGAUUGUCUAGAAAGGAUGGCCAAUGGCACUCAAGGGUAAUUCUUUAAGGUCAGAAGCUCAUCUUGAAAGGGUCUGACUGUUAACUCAUUUUAAUUUGGUGGGGUUUUUUAAAAACCUGCUCUAGUCAAAUUCAGUGCUCAGCCUAUGGGUUCAGCCAGGGUCAGCACAACCCAAAGUCCUGGCCUUAGUCCCCAUAAGAUGGGCUGGUUUUCCCAGGGCCUCCAGGAGGGAGCCCCUAGGGCUGGUGUCUGAUGCUGAUGGGCUGAUGCUGGUACAACAUGGAGCAGAGAGGUGGGGCUGCUGAUGUGGGUAAAAUGCUAGAGGGAUCACACGGCCUGGAGACCUCCAAUGUAUAAGUGGCCACCUUACAGGCAUCUUGCAUCCAGUGAGUUACUGUAGCUGAUUGUCAACUUGCCCCUAGAGGAAGUCAAGGGCCACCAGUCCACCUGAAUGGCUGUAGAUGUUGGGGAUGGUGUCACAUAUCCAGGGGUGGUGAUUGGGUCAGAUCUGUGUUCUACCUCUGAUCAAACUCAAGCUUGAGUGCUGGUGCAGGAAAGGGGACAUUACAUAAUUUUUCUGCAUCCCAGGCUCCCUGCACUGGCCCCAGAGCCAAGCACCUCCCAAAGCAUUGGCAAGAGGACUGGGUCCUAGACUACCCAGGAAUUGGGGCACUGUAGGGUCAAGGUGACACAGCCAGUCAUUGACAAGGAACUGAAAGCAGCAGUUCCACACCCAAGCACAGCCCCCCACUGGCCCCUCCAAGAACCUCUCCCCCUACUCUCAACUUUGCCUACGGGACUGGCGUCAGCAAGGACCAAAGAGAAGUAUCCUCCUCCAUUCUGUGACACAUCAGAGCUCAUCUAUGCUGUGUCUGUAACUAGUGUUUUGUUGUUUUGUACUGAGACAAACCAGAGCACUUUAGAAAAUUCUACUUCCUGUUCUUUUGUGAAGAAAACAUUCCGUGCCUCAGACACCACAGUUCCUCCGGCGAUAAGUCCAAAGGAUUCCCCUCAGCCAUGUGAUGGGAAUGGACACCGCCUCUCAGCUGAGGGGGUCUCCAGUCAUUCCACACAGUGGCACAAGUCUUUGGCACAUUAUGUCUGACCAGUACCCUGCAGUCACUUCUGGGUAGGGCCCAACUUUAUUUGUAAAGUUGGUGGCCAAGCAGAUGUUAUUCCAAUGGGAUCUCUGCACAUCUUCAGUAAUUUUGACAUUAUCUUAGACCACCCAAUGAUUAUUAUUAUUGUAGCAUUUCCUCAUGCAGGAUGUUUCAGAACUACCUUAGAACUUAAAACCUGAUUCUGGCAAUAAAAAUGUCUUAAGAUGAGCUGAUAGUAGUGGCUGUUCUUCAAGGUGUGUUAUAGGAUCAUGCUGUAUUGGUAGGGGCUCCCCAAG